AUGACUUCGCUGCGGUGGGCCUGCCUCGCGGCGGUGUUGCUGUUGGCUCUCGUGUGCGCCACGGCCUCCGCCGGCCAGACGCGGAGGUUCCUCCACAUCACCGACAUCCACUGGGAUAAGUUCUACGUGGUGGGCACCAGCGUGACGGACCUGUGCCACUCCCACGGCGGUCGCCGGACCCUCGUGGCCGCAGACGACCAGGCUGGGACCUUCGGCGCUCGCGGGUGCGACUCGCCGUACCCGCUCGUGACCGCGGCCCUGCAGUUCGCUCGCUCCCUGGGACCUCUUGACUUUGUGGUGUGGACCGGCGACAACGCGAGGCACAACCGCGACAAGGCCUUCCUCCCCACCUCCCAGGACGAGAUCCUCUACGAGAACACCCAGGUGACGCAAUGGAUGCAGCAGUCGUUCCCGUCGCUGACGCUCGUGCCGUCGAUCGGCAACAACGACGUCUACCCGCACGACAGCCUCGGCCCCGGCCCCAACGCGAUUUUGUCGAACUUGACGGCCAACUGGAGGCAGUGGCUGAGCCCGGCCAGCCAGCAGACCAUGAGCCAGGGCGGCUACUUCGCCACCCAGUUCAACACGGAGACCAAGUCGUGCAGCCACAACAAGUACCCCGGCGCCCAGCAGUUCGCGUGGCUCGACCAGACCCUCAGCGCCAUCCGCCAGAGCGGCCAGAAGGCCUACCUCACGGGCCACGUUCCGCCCCACAAGGACUACUACUUUGACUCGUGCCUGGCGGCCUACGAAACCAUCACCGCCAACUACGCCGACAUCAUCGUCGGCCACCUCUUCGGCCACAAGCACUCGGAUCACUUGUACGUGCUGAAGAACCAGGCGGGUGCCAUCCUGGUGGCCCCCUCGGUGCUGCCGCAGUACAACCCGUCGCUGCGCGUGAUCGAGUACGACUCGUCGUCGUACGAGAUCAUGAACGUGAUCACCUACUGGGCCAACCUCGACGCCGCCAACGCGCAGGGCAGCCUGACGUUCAAGAAAGAGUACGACAUGGUCUCAGCGUACGGCCUCUCGGCGCCGCUCGACACGGCUCAGUGGCUCGACAUGAAGCAGAAGACCGACAACGACCCGGCCAUGGCCAAGCUCUACGGGUUCUACAAGUACGUGAGCAGCGGCAUGACCAAGGCCACCCACAUCCCCGGCCACCCCAACUGCUGA